GAGAGAGGGAGAGAGGAGAGGAGAGAAGAGACGAAGAGAGUUGCUUUCUCUUCUGAUCUCUCUUCUCUUUUUUCAGUUUUUCCUCGAGAUCGUCGCAUCCCAGUCUAUUGCUAGGAUCUGAUCCAUAUUUUCUACUUAGAAAUUAUGGAUUUUGCCUCAUUUUACAGUAGAAACCUUUGAUAGUAAUUACUUAUCAUCUGUCAGGGUUGCGUUUUGCCAUUAUGUGGAAAUCUCUUGCAAAUGCCUUUGGAAGCUUUGGGCAGAAGAAGGUUACUUCGAGUGAGAGUCUGGUAUGCAUAGAAGAUUCCUCAGAUGAUGAGGUCUGUUCCAAUUCCAGUGCUGAAGAAGGGCUGGAAUGUCCAAUAUGCUGGGAGUCUUUUAACAUUGUGGAGAAUGUUCCUUAUGUCUUAUGGUGUGGCCACACGCUAUGCAAGAAUUGUGUCCUAGGACUUAAGUGGGCUGCUUUGAAAUUCUCCACUCAACAGAUUCAGAUUCCAUUGUUCAUUUCCUGCCCGUGGUGCAAUCUGUUGACAUUUCGACUGAUUUAUAAGGGGAAUCUGAAAUUUCCCAGCAAAAAUUUCUUUCUCCUUUGGAUGGUUGAAAGCAGAAAUGGUGACAGGGUGAAGACCUCUUCCUCCAUUUGUGCAGAUCCUCAGGUAUGGUCUCCAAGAUGUACUUCAGUGAUGGGAAAUCCCACAUCCAAUAUUGUGCAUAGAAGGUUCCACCGUCUGGGCAUUUCAGGGUCUAACAGCAAUGAUGAUCCUGUGGGCAACACCAACAAUCUGGAAAGGCCCCAGUUUUCCUUUCAAAAAUCUCUAGAUUACUUCCUUCAGUUUUCGGCAAAGUUUCCAUUGGUCAUCGUUUUCCUUCUGAUUGUUCUAUUUGCAUUACCCUCUAGUGCUGCCAUCCUGAUGCUUUACCUGCUGAUCACAAUUGUCUUCGCUCUUCCAGCUUUUCUAGUGUUAUAUUUUGCGUAUCCUGCUUUGGAUUGGCUGGCAAGAGAAAUUACCUCAUGAUUUUUAUUUAUCAAUCCUUCUGUUGUUUAUGGAACUCUUUUGCUUAGUUUGUUUCUUUGAUUGUGUAAUUCCAUACUGCCAUGGCUGUUUGUUAAUGUGUCUUCUGCCCAUUAUGUGUAGGCUUAUCAGAGUCUUUGCUUGGAUUUGAGUUUAGUGUUGGGUGCUGGAAAUAUCUGUUGUUUGUGUAAUGAAGGGAUUUUCUGAAGAGUUUUUAUUGUGUAAUUUUAGAUAUGAUAUUGGUUGGUUCCUGUUUAAAAGGAAAGUGAGGAACCCGUUUCUUGA